UGAGAGCUUCUCUCAAUGGGCAAAAGCCUCUCCAGACUGGUCCCUGAAAACAUCGUGCGUAGAAGCCUGCUGGUUGCCAUGGUGAAUGAUGCUGAUGUGAAGAAAUGAAUAAUGUGAGCAUCGGGGGCGACAGUGGGAUUACUCAGUGGUGAGAGAGACAUCAAGGAGAGCCCAGGGCGGAGGAGGGAGAAGGCACCAUUCUCUGGGCUUUGGUCCAUGCUGCCUCGGAGGGUAAAGCUCUAACCAGACACACUGCAAGCAUCAGAAUCGGGAUGAACAUCGAGGUUGGGAACGUUUCUUACACGGGCGCCAUCAUCUCCUGGUCGUCCUCGGAGCCCUGCCUGGAGGACUAUUACCAUAUUAUGUACAGACCCAACUGGAACAGCAUCUUCUCCGGCUAUCUCCGCUACAGCUUCCACCACGAGGAGAAGGUGCCUCGGACCAUCAGCUCCGUGGUGCUGGAACAUCUCGCCCCUUCCACUCUCUACUUCCUCUGCAUCAGUUGUAAGAAGGCUGCCUUCCCCUACAGGCACUACUGCACCAUGUUCCACACCUUGGAUAAGAGUCCACUGGCUGCGGGCAGCUCCCUGGUGGAUCCCCAAAUCUCCCUUUGGGUGUUGAUGGCCAUCCUGCUGGCCUGCUUCACAGCUGUGUUGGCCUUCAUCUGCCUCCAGUUCUGGUGCAUCCGUUGCCAUGAGCCUCGAUGGUCUUACAGAGCUGGCCACAUGGAGGAAGCCAAUGGGCUAGUGAGAUGGCCGGAGGAGGCCCCCGCCCUUGGUCAGAGGGAGGAAGACCUGCAGGGGCUCCCCCUGGUGGAACUGCCACGCAAGGACUCCGGAGCAGGAGCUGGAGCAGAACCGGAAGCCCAGCAGGAUGGCCCUGAUGAGGAAGCCAGGGAGGGAGGUGAUCAACCCGCCAUAGUGCCUCACUUCAGGGAGUGAGAGGCGGGGAGGAGAUGGCCCUCAUCAUACAGCCUAAUGCCCCCCGACAGUAGGUCUUUUGUAAAAAUGUGCCUAUAGACUCCCCAUAUCUCUUCCCUUAAAUGUCAGUGCCAUUGUAAGAUCCCCUGGGUUGGGUGAUGCCUGAUGAUGAAAUCUCUCAAUCCGGUACGUGCACUUCCUGGGUGUGCCAAAGGGCAAACACGGAUCUCCUAAAUGUGUCCAUUUGAGGGCCCCAGUUAAGAAUCGAGGCAUUCUUUUAAUAUUCAAUCAAAAGUGGACGUAUUAUAAAGUUAAAAAAAAAUGCAUGACUUAAAUAAAUACACAAUACUUGAAGAAUAUGUGUGAGUUGCCAGUGAGCCCCUUGAGCUAUGCUUUCAUUCAUUCUUUUGGAAAAAGGUGAGAGGUCUUUCUUUGGAGUGUUUUCCAGAUUUAAGGCAGUCAGAGACCACUUUAUACCCCAUCCUCAUUUUUUUUAAACCAUCAACCUUCUUUAUUAUUAUUACUAACAAUAUUUUUAUUUAAAUUGACUCGUUUUUUAAACUUAAACUCAUUUAAGCCUUAUAUCACCCCAUAUAUGAACAACCAGUACCCUCUGGCUAUAAAUAGAAGAGAGAUGAGUAUUAGUGUCAAGAAAACAAAAUAAUAUUAAAUUUGUCUUGGCCACACUUGUCUGACAAUUACUCUGAGCUUAGACCUGCUCUCUUGUGUUUGAUAAAAAGAAAGGGGGGUGGGACUCAGGCAGUGCUGAAGAGGUAUUAAAGACAUGAGCACUGACGUAAGUCCUUUGUCUUAAUCUAUCGCAAUGUUUGAAAGUAAAUUGAAAAAAGGACGCACUGGUUUUACUUUGAGUCAAGGUUAGUUAAAACCAUGCCUGUGAACCACCUCAGAUGGUAUCUCUAACUUCCCUUGAUUUGAGACAAUCAGUUGGAGAGACUGUCUGCUCUGGAGAAGUCCACGGCUCUCUUCCAGCAUCACCCUAAGACCUUCCAAGAGCCCACCACUAGAGCCGAGUGGUAGGAACUCAUCUGUGUUCAUCACACUUCCAAAUCCAGAGCUCCCAACCUAGCAGAGGACUUUUUCUUACACAAUUUUAGCCACAUAGUUGGUUCUUCUUUUAGGUCCACUUCUAUUUACUUUUGAAAAUGCGGUCAAAGGUGGCUCUUUUUUAAUUCCAUCAGAAAGAAAAAUGACACAUUUCACACCCUGAUAGUGUUCUUUGUUCUGCCCAUAUAAACCCCCGUGGUAGGAAACAAAUCUAUACAUAUUGUGGUACCAGUGAGGCUCUGGGAACACUGUUCCCGUGCCCCCACCUGGGGGGAGGGGUGGAAAUGCAAGUCCAGGAGGGUAAAGGCUACGUCUGCUUCAUCCCUAAGGAGGCUGCAGUGUGUAGAAUCUAGUCCAUAUCUGGCCCAGGGUGGGUACAUGAGAAGUGUCCGUUUAAGGAAUGCAAAGAAGGACUGACAGCUUCAUUUAGGAGGGUCACUGAGCAUCAGGAUGCACACACGGGAGCAUCAGCAGCAAUGAAAUGAAAAAGACCUGUUUCUCAGCUCCAGCUUCAGCCAUGUGCAAUUCCCUUCAGAGCUUCACCCACCCAACCUCUUCCUGUCUGCAAAUCCAUUAUAGCUAUGGAGCACAAAAUCCCAGAAUCGCUGGACAAUAUCGCAACAAAUCAACUGAGAAACAGAGGGGCUUGGAAGCCAGGAUGAGAAGCCCCACAGCCCCACUUCCCAGCGCCCAGCACCCAGGUCUCUGUCCACCCCCAUGCCUGCUAGUUGUUAACAAAUA